AACUCCGUCCCCCAUUUCCGUAUCCAUUUUCAAAAUCACCACCACAACCUUAUCCUCUUCUUGAGCUGCUGCUUCUUCUUCCUCGGAGCUCAUCAAUGGCGUCGAUCGCCGCAGGGAUUUGGCGAGCCUCCGUCGUCGGCGCCGUACGCGACAACAAGAACAGCAGCAGCAAGAAGCAUGGUAAGAACCAGGAGGAGGGUUUGGGGCCGGGAAUGGCGGUGGUGGAGUGCUCGUCGCGGCCGCAGAAGAAGGCGACGUCGCACCACAUGAAGACGCGCCCCAAGAAGACGCAGCCCUGGGACGUCAAGCGCAAGGGCCCCACGCCCUACCCUCCCCUCCCCACUCUCCCCCCCGAUUGGACCCUCCUCGACCCCGCCCAACCCGAAUCCGAACCCGAACCCGGAGCCGAACCCGUUGCCGCUCCCAAUUUCUAGGGUUUGUUGUUUCUUGUUGUUGUGUCCUCCUCCUCCUCCUCCUCCUCCUCCUCCUCCUUGUUUGCUGAUGCUUGUUUAAUUUGAUUUGCCUUCUCUGCCUUGUUAGUUGAUGCUUGUUUAAUUUGAUUUGAGAAUUGCCUAUGAAGUGUUUGAUGUUAUGCCAAUGAGAAAGGGAAUGACUGGUAGCAGAAACAGCAGCAGCUCCUCUGCAUAAUUUAAUGUAUUUCUGCAAA